AUCAACAAAGCAUCCAAGUCACGAACUUCAAGUCAACAACAUCGCAAUUAGGAACAUUGAGAUUAAAUCAAACCCGAACUAACAUCACAUCACAUCCAAGCAACCCACCAUGUCCCGCCCCGUCGUCUUCAUCACCGGCUCCACCGGCUUCAUCGGCACGCACGUCGUCAUCGCCACGCUCAAAGCCGGCUACGGCGUGCGCCUGAGCAUCCGCAAAGCCGAGCAAGAAGCCGGCCUGCGAGAGCGCCAUGCCGAGUUCAACGACAGAAUCGAGACCGUCGUCGUGUCCGACAUGUCGAAGCGGGAAUCCUUCAAGGCGGUUCUCCAGGGCGUCGACUUCAUCUUCCACCUCGCGUCUCCCAUGCCCGGAAGCGGCUCCGACGUGAAGAAAGACUACAUCGAGCCCGCCGUCAACGCGACAGAGUCAAUCCUCUACGCCGCCCUAGACUUCCCGCAGAUCCAGAAAGUCGUCAUCGUAUCGUCCAUCCUGGCACUGACGCCCGUGACGGCGCUGGGAUCCAAGGUGGUGAAGGUAAAAGACAACACCGGCGAAGUCAUCCCCGUGGACCUGAACGCGCCAUUCCCAGACGGCGUCCGCGGCCACGGCAUGAAAUACGCGGCCUCCAAGAUCUUCGCGCACCAAGCGACGCGCGAAUUCAUGAAAUCCCACCGUCCCCACUACGCCCUGAUCACGCUGCACCCGGUCUUCGUCCUAGGCGAGAACCUGCUCCAGACCACCCCGGAGGAGAUCCACGGCAUGAACGCGCUUCUCUGGGCGUCGAUCAACUCCGAGCAGCCCCAGAUCGCGAACGCGUGGGUGCAUGUUCGCGACGUCGCGGACGCGCACGUCAAGGCGCUGGAGACGAAGAUUGCGUCCGGGACGGAGUUUCUGCUCUGCAGGCCGCCGGUGUCUUGGGAGGGGGUGGCUCGGUUCGUGAAGACGGAGUAUCCGGCUGUGGGGUGUAAGUUGGAAGGGCCGUUCGAAGGGGGGUGGGAGAUUGAUACCUCGUCUGCGGAUCGGAUUCUGGGACUGAAGUGGAGGUCCGAGGAGGAGAUUCUGAGGGAUGUUAUUCGGCAGCAGGGGUUUUAA